ACCGCGCAAAUUCGGCCGCCAUCGAGCCAUGGCUCGAUGGACGACGGAUCGGCUGACGAGGCGCCCGAAGGCGGGCGGACGGACGGACGGACCGCUGUAACGCAACGGCAGACGAUGGGAGCGUUUAAGGGGACGGAGUGUGGCCGUAUUUGUGCUUCUGCGGAUUCUUGACACUCGAAGCGAGAGGCUGUGUGGUGCCAUCGCCGAGUGCGCGUGAAGAGUUCAUCCGAUCGAAUCGAGUUUAGUGCAGCAGCAGAGAUGGGGCUCGACUUCCAGAAUGGCGAGUACAAAUUUCUCUCGGGGUUGGGAUUGCAAGCACACAACGUUGGAUGCUACAUCGCCGGAGAGUGGAAAGCUAGCGGUCCGAUAGUGACGUCUGUGAACCCCUCCAAUAACAAGCCUAUCGCAACGGUUGCAGAAGCCAAUGUGGACGAUUAUGAAGAAGCUCUGACAGCAUGCGAUCUAGCCAAAAAGGAAUGGAUGCAGACAACCGCACCCAAAAGGGGAGAGAUCGUCAGGCAAAUCGGAGAUGUCUUACGAGCCAACUUAGAUGCCCUCGGGAGGCUCAUAUCCCUGGAAAUGGGAAAGAUAUUGGCCGAAGGAAUCGGAGAAGUCCAGGAAUUUAUCGACAUGUGUGACUUUGCUGUGGGCUUAAGCAGACAGAUUAACGGCUCUGUCAUUCCUUCAGAAAGGCCAAAUCAUAUUAUGCUAGAGAUGUGGAAUCCUCUUGGAAUUGUUGGCGUCAUUACAGCUUUCAACUUUCCAUGCGCUGUACUUGGCUGGAAUGCGUGUAUCGCCCUCAUUUGUGGGAGCUGUGUGGUAUGGAAAGGAGCCCCAAGUACACCUCUUAUCACAAUAGCCGUUACGAGACUCAUUGCACAAGUUUUGGAGAAGAAUGGACUUCCCGGAGCUAUCUUCACAGGCCUGUGCGGAGGAGCUGAAAUUGGGGAGAAAAUCUCACAUGAUCGGAGAAUCCAUCUUGUUUCAUUUACGGGUAGUUCGAAGGUAGGGCAGUUGGUGCAGGCAGCUGUUAAUGCUCGUUUUGGCAAGUGUCUGCUGGAGCUAAGUGGAAACAAUGCGAUAAUUGUGAUGGAUGACGCUGAUAUAUCAAUGGUUGUCCGUUCUGUUCUGUUUGCUUCCGUUGGCACAGCAGGCCAAAGAUGCACUACCUGCCGUCGUCUGUUCCUUCACGAAAGCGUUUACAAAGAAACUCUAGACAAGUUGUUGAAAGCAUACUCUCAGGUCAAAGCUGGUGAUCCACUUGUCGAAGGCACCCUACUUGGCCCGCUGCAUACAGCCGCAGGUGUCAUUGCUUACAAAGAAGGCAUUGAGAAAAUUAAAGAGCAGAAAGGUGUGAUUCUGACAGGUGGAAAAGUGAUGGAGAGGGAAGGCAAUUAUGUCCAACCCACGAUCGUGGAAAUAUCACAUGACGCUCCCAUUGUACAAGAGGAACUCUUUUGUCCUAUUUUAUACGUCAUUAAGUUCAAGACAUUUGAACAAGCCGUGGACAUGAACAAUUCUGUCCCUCAGGGACUUAGCAGCUCCAUUUUCACGAAAAAUCCGGAGCUUAUAUUUAGAUGGACUGGUCCUCUUGGUAGUGAUUGUGGUAUAGCAAAUGUUAACAUUCCUACCAAUGGUGCGGAGAUUGGGGGUGCAUUUGGUGGUGAAAAGGCCACCGGUGGUGGUCGAGAGGCUGGUAGUGACUCAUGGAAACAGUACAUGCGGAGAUCGACUUGUACUAUCAACUAUGGCCAGACAUUACCCCUUGCACAAGGAAUAAACUUCGGUAGCUAAAGUGAGAUUGAUCAUAUUGUUCGUGCCUUCUAGGUGUUAACAUGUACAGAUGAUGGAAGGAAUGUUGGAUGUUGCUCAAUAGCAGCAAGCAUUCCUUCUCAUUCGUUGUUACCUGCUGUUUAUAAUAUGUAUAAAACAGGUAGUUAAGUUUGUACAGUCCAUUAUGUUCUUGAAAGAACUCCUUGAAGAUCAGCAACGACCUCUUGCGUCUGCUGACAUAUGAUCACGUCUCAUCAGGCUGAUGCACGCCGAGUUACAUAAGCGUUUACGCUCACCACUUUACGGUUGUUGAGAUUUCUUCUCUUACGCAAGCAUUGUUAGUUCAGUCCAGAGCGUGCGCUGUUGCUGUAAGGGUUCAUAUCGAAUCCACUGCAAAUCGAAGUGAUACCCCCAUGUUUACAGCUUCUAUUCUUUCC